GCAGCUGCUGACAGAAUAAUGUGUGGUAUCUGGGCCGUGUUCGGGGUUCAGGUGGACCCCAGCAUGCACCACCAAACAGUGGUCAAAAUCACUCACAGGGGACCAGACGCAUGGCGAACAGAAUGCGACAACAGGCUCAAGAGUGGCUGCCUUGGCUUCCAUCGUUUGACAAUCAAUGACAGUUUGUGCGGCAUGCAGCCAAUGAGGAGAGCCAGCAAUCCGCACCACACGUUGUUAUGCAACGGAGAAAUUUAUAACGGGCAGCGUUUGCGCGAUGAAUUCGGAUUCGAGUACGAGAGCAAGUGCGACGUCGAGUGCAUAUUGCACCUGUACGAAAAGCACGGUGCCGACGGGACGGCGAAAUAUUUGGACGGCGUUUUCGCCUUUUGCCUCGUUGACACCCUGAACCGCCGGGUCAUCCUGGCCAGAGACCCUUUCGGGGUGCGGCCCUUGUUCAGGAUUACCGGUCCUGGAGGAGUACUUGCCGUCUGCUCAGAGGCGAAGGGGUUGAUUGCGAUGAAAGGUGAGGAGGAGUGGCGCAUGGACCCUUUUCUCCCAGGCUACUUUGAGGAGUACGAAUUGAACUCUGAAGGUGGUGCUGCUUUGAUAAGAAAGGAGCAGUUUUACGUCAUUGGAGACAAGCCCCAUUACUCAUUGGCAGUGCCCGAGGAGGAGAUUACGGAUGAUAUGUACUCGAAUAUCAGGACUCUGUUGACCAGCGCCGUUCAAAAAAGGCUUCUGUCUGAUCGAAGAAUAGGCUGUCUCCUAUCGGGGGGCCUGGAUUCAAGUCUUGUCGCAGCUCUUCUCGUCCAAAUCGCGAAAGAUACAGGCUUAAAGUAUCAAGUCCAAACUUUCUCUAUUGGAAUGGGUGAUGAGAGUCCCGAUUUACUAGCAGCGCGCAAAGUGGCGGCCCACAUUGGGAGCGAGCACCACGAGGUCAUUUUUACGGAGGAAGACGUCAGUUCUGCUCUGGACUCGGUUCUUUACCACCUUGAAACUUCUGACAUCACGACAGUCCGUGCCUCAAUUCCCAUGUUUCUGCUGUCCAGAUACAUCAAAGAGAACACAGACUCGACGGUGAUUUUCAGUGGAGAAGGCGCCGAUGAGGUUGCCCAAGGCUACAUUUAUUUCAGAGACGCACCCUCCGCUGAGGAGGCGCACGAAGAGAGUCUGCGAUUGCUCAACGAGCUGUACAUUUACGACGUGCUCAGAAGCGACAGAUCCACGGCAGCCCAUAGUUUGGAGGUGCGUGUGCCUUUCCUGGACCACCAGUUCUCCAGCUACUACCUCAGUCUGCCCAAAGACCUGCGACAGCCGCAAAACGGCGUUGAAAAGUACAUUUUGCGCAAGGCAUUCGACGAGGCUGACCUUCUUCCCCACGACAUCCUGUGGCGCCACAAGGAGGCCUUCAGUGACGGUGUAGCGUCCAAGAAGAAGCCCAUAUUCAAAAUUCUGCAAGAGGUCGUUGAGCCGCUGGUGGCGAGUGAGGAGCUGGAGGAAGCCGCCGAACGCUUCCCCCACUGCACCCCCAAGACCAAAGAAGCCUUCUAUUACAGACGCGCGUUCGAGGAGAACUUUCCAGGCCAAGACCACUGGCUGCCUUACUUCUGGAUGCCGAGGUGGAGCGAGGCCGACGACCCUUCCGCCCAGUUCAUCAGCCACUAUGCUGCUGAAUGAGUUUUUUCUUUUUGCUUUUUGUGUGGUUUUACUGCAAAUUUAAAAUGUGUGGUUUCUGACACAGACUAAAACCGAAAUAAAUUCAUUGGGUUGGGAUUUUAUGGCGUUAGAUUAUUUUUUAACGGUUUUACUGAAUUUUACUGAAAUGUAAAAGACACUUCUUUUAUCUUUCUAAUGAAAUAUAGAAUGUAGAAAAUCUUGCAAAUUCUCCAGACCGGUUAAAAAAAGAGAAUAUCUGCCUGCAAAAAUAAUUUCGAGAUUUUUAAAUGGGAAUUUUAUGUAAUUUAGAAAGACUUGGCCAGUUUUAGUAGUUUAAAUAAGGCUUUUAGCUCUAAAAUUAAUUUUAGACGAUUUUAGAUGUGUCUCAAUUGUAUAAUCUGUGCUUAUUUUGAACCUCAGAGUAAUUUAGAGGCGAAGAGAAGAAUUACUUAAAUUUUCUGACCAUCAAAUCACAAUGAUUUGGACAAUAAUAUUGAUCUACCUGCACUACGUAACUUGUGAAGCCUUAAAACUUAUCAAUAAAGGCGAUACAUUCUGCUAUUUGACUGAUUGGCUUACAGAGGUGUGAAAA